AUGCUUACAGGUACAAAUGCAAUCCAACAGCCACGCGGCAUAAGCAGUACGCCUCAGUCCUCAACCCAUUCAGUGGAUUCCAUUCAGUACUACGCGGAGGAGGUGAAGAAACUCAAUCAGCAGAUCUCCGCAAGGCAAAUGGAAAUCAAGAACAAGUACACACUCUACGGCUACGACAUCGAAGUCACUUCCGCAGCCAUGGCCAACCCUCUGACUAUGACACGCCGACGCAGCAGCUCAUCUACAAAGGGCACUAAUCGACUGCAAAGGAAGCCUUCCAAAGCAGCGCAGUUGCUGCAACGCAGAUAUCUGACCAAAGAAGACACGCCACGGCUCACCCCCACACAGCGACUGCAGCUGUUGCGAGAACAGUCGCACACAGAGCCAGUACACACAUACUCGUCGGCCACAGGCACUAGUUUUGGAGGUGACUCGGGAUUUGUGAUGUUCAAAAGCCACCGUGCAGCCACCAUGGCUGUGCAGUGUGUUCCUGGGUCUAGUCUGCCAGGUUAUCAUCUGGUACAAGCACCCGACCCCUCCGCAGUCAUCUGGAGCAACAUCUCUCACCACAACGCCUAUCGUUUCAGUACCUGGAUAACCAUUUGGGCUGCGUUUAUCGCAUUGACGAUUGUGUUUACUAUUCCUGCGGCCACAUUGGCUUCACUCACGUCACUCGAGAACAUCAGCAAGAUCUUCCCAAUCCUCAACGACAUCUGCAAAAACUACCCCACAAUCAAGGGGCUGCUGGAAGGAGUGUUGCCGCAGAUCAGUAUCAUUGCGUUCUAUCUGGUGAUGCCGUACGUUCUGUAUGCGCUGGGUCACUUUGAGGGCCAUCUGUGUUGGGGUGAUCUGGAGCUGUCAGUGGUGCGCAAAUGGUUUAUGUUUCAAGCCGUUAACGUAUUCCUCGCACCAGCAGUCUCUGCGUCGAUCAUCCAAACGUUCAACGCAGCGCAGAAGGACAUCUCACACAUUCCAGAGUUACUCGGACGAGCCAUUCCAUCGGCAUCAACCUUCUUCAUCAACUACGCCAUCUUACGCACCUGCCUUACACAAGUGACAGAGAUACUACGGCUGGGAGCUGUGGCCUAUACCUACACGGGCUACUGGACGAGUCAGACACCGCGCGACAGAGACGCUGCAAAGGAUCCUGGACGAGUGAUGUAUGGGGACAUCCUCUCACGCACACUUGUGCUGUUCCUCAUAGGAGCCUCCUACGCAGUGUUGGCUCCGCUGAUUCUGCCGUUCGUGACGUUGUUCUUCGCUGCGUCGUUGUUUGUGUGGAAGUAUCAACUGACGUACGUCUACAUCUCUCAAAUGGACACGGGCGGUCUCUUCUGGUUUGUCAGCUUCCGCCGAAUCAUCUUCAGCACCAUCUUUGCACAGAUCACAGUGUUUGGGAUCUUCAGCUUAAAGCAGUCGCUGGCAGGAGUGCUGGUGCUGCCCUUGCCUUUCAUCAGCUAUGGUGUGUUGUACUACUACACCAAGUGGUGGAAGCAGCGUGCGCUGUUCCUGACGUUGGACGAGGCCAUGCGCGCGGAUCUGAUAGUGCUGUCCAAUCAGGAGGGCGGAAACACCAACGUCACGCAACUGGCGGACUACGGAGACAUGUACCUACAGCCCAUUCUCACGGGUAAACCUAUGUACCCUCGACUGACUGAGCAGUUUGUGGCGGACGACGACGACUCGCAGAAUGAACUGACGCCUGAGGUCGCACAGCUCAUGCGCGAGUUAGCAGAGAAUGACAUUGCAAUAGACGAGAUCGUAGACGAGGAACAGCCUCUGCUGGUUUCGCCGGAGUAGCCCCAUCCAUCCAACAACAAGACAUGCUGCACAACCACUACAACAGUCAUCAAUGGGAGAAGUAGCAAUCCGUAUGAAAUCGAUGAAUGAUAACAAACAUCAAUCGAAUUAUGAGUAUGAUAUUGAACAUCAAUCGAUUUAUCAGUAUGAUAGUAAACAUCAGUCUAUAUGAGUAUGAUAAUAAACAUCAAC